AUGGCUAUCGUAAGACACUUCGGAAGACCUUCACUUUUCAUCACAUUUACAGCGAAGCCUAAAUGGUCGGAAAUCGUUGCAGAGUUACUUCUAGGUCAAACAGCUGUCGAUCGUCCAGAUUUAGUUGCGAGAGUUUUUCACCUCAAACAACAAAAGCUUUUGUAG